AUGGCGGCUUCUAGCCGGGAUCCAGGCAACUCGUUGAACCCUUUCUUCCGCGCUGUGAGCCGUUUCCGGCAGAGAAGAUGGGACGAGUGCAUUGAUAUUUGCACCGAGUUGCUGGAACAGAAUCCGCGUGACCAGGCGGCAUGGUUUCUGAAGUGCAGAGCUCUGACCAGCAAGCAAUGGAUCGACGAUGUGGAGAUUGAUGAGGAGGGUGUGGCUGACUUGCUGCUGGACGAGAAUGCGGUGGCACAGGCGCCACGCCCGGGCACAUCGUUGCACAGGCCCCGAACGGAGAGCGGCUCGGGUCCCUCGCAGGUGGUGCGCCCGGUCUCCGCCAGCGGGCGGCCUCUGACGGGCUUCGCACGGCCGGGCACCAACCGACCCACCAGCUCGUCGGCUGGCAGAGACAUCACCACGGCCAUGCAAGGCAACCGCCCUGGCACAUCAAGGCCGUUGACCUCCAUGGGGCGACUCCUUCGACUGGGGACGGCCUCCAUGCAGCAGGAUGGCGGUGAAUUUGUCCGCUUGGAAUCCCUAGAUCUGCAGAAGUAUGCGCAGAGGCCUGCCAUUGCCAAGGCGCUCUGUGUGGCCUUGGCCCCCGCCUUCGUGGGCCCUGUAGUCCGUGCCCCAGCCCCAGUGGCACGCCCGCAGCAAGGCACCCGGCCAUCACAGGACUCCGCUGGUGCGGCAUCAACGCUGCAGACGUUCAUGUUGGGCACUGCUGGGGCUGCGGCCUGCCGCCGCGCGGCGCGCGGGGUUUCCACUGCAGCACGAAAGGUGGUGCCAAGAGCCAAGAUUGGACAGAGGCUGCAGGGACGAAGUGUGACUUCGCCACUUGGCGCAAGUUUGGUGGGCCUGAAGGCGUUGCAGGCGGAAGCCCAGCCACAACGUGUGGCCAUGCAGGCCACCGCAGUGGCUGAAGCUCCCACAAAGACUUACGAGGUUGGCGAAAAGCUCCACGGCUGGACGUGCGCCCGUGUUGAGUAUGUGAAGGAGUUUGGCUGCACCGGCUACCUGUUCCAACACGACAAAACAGGCGCCGAGCUGCUGUCCAUGGUGCAACCGGCCGACGAGAACAAGACCUUCAGCGUGGUCUUCCGCACGCCACCGGAGAACUCCAAUGGCAUCGCACACGUCUUGGAGCACUCGGUGCUCUGCGGCAGUAGGAAGUAUCCGGUGAAGGAGCCAUUCGUUGAACUCAUGAAGUCCAGUCUGCAAACCUUCCUGAACGCCAUGACUUUCCCAGACCGCACCUGCUAUCCGGUCGCCAGCUGCAACCUGAAGGAUUUCUACAACUUGAUCGACGUCUAUAUGGAUGCGGUGUUCUUUCCACGUGCGGUGAACGACCCCCUGGUGUUGGCACAAGAGGGUUGGCACUAUGAAAUCGAGAAGAAAGAUGACCCUUUGACCUUCAAAGGUGUGGUCUUCAAUGAGAUGAAGGGUCUCUACUCCAACCCUGAUGCCUUGCAUGGUCGCACCGCUAACCAGUCCAUGUUCCCAGACAACCAGUAUGGUGUGGAUUCUGGAGGCGACCCCAAGGACAUUCCAAGCCUUACCUUCGAUUACUUCAAGGACUUCCACAGCAAGUACUACCACCCCAGCAACGCCAAGUUUUGGUUCUACGGGGACGACCCGGCGGAUGCGCGGCUUGAGCUAGUGGACCAGUACCUGUCCCAGUUCGAGAAGAUCGAGGUGGAUUCGCAGAUCACGGUGCAGCCCAAGUUGACCGAACCCAGGAGGAUUGUGGAGGAUUUCGCUGCAGGCGAGGAUGAGGACAUCUCUAAGAAGAUCAUGAUGAGCAUCAACUGGGUCAUUUCCGAGGGCAAGGAAGACCUCCAGACCAGCCUGGCCUUGCAGUUCCUCAACUACCUGAUGAUGGGCACCCCCGCGAGCCCCCUUUACAAGGCCUUAGUGGACAGCGGCCUGGGUUCCCGUGUCAUUGGAGGAGGCUUGGAUGAUGGCAUGUUGCAAGCCACCUUCAGCGUGGGAUUGAAGGACCUGAAGGAGGAAGAUGUGCCCAAAGUGGAGGAGCUCAUCAUGAAGACCUUGGAGGAGCUGGCUGAGAAGGGCUUUGAGAGCGACGAUAUCAAGGCUGCAGUGAACACCAUCGAGUUCCAGAACCGCGAGCUGAACACCGGCAGCUUUCCCAAGGGCCUGGCCCUGCUCUUUGCCGCGAACUCCAACUGGAACUACGACAAGGAUCCCUUCGAGGCCUUGAAAUUUGAGGCGCCCUUGGAGGAGUUGAAAGCACGGCUGGAGAAGGGCGAACCGGUGUUCCAGGAUUUGAUCAAGACCAAGAUUUUGGAUAAUUCCCACAAGGUGAUUUUGGAGAGCAGGCCCAACAAACAGCUGGGAAAGAAGAUGGAGGAGGAGGAGCUGAGCUGCCUUGACAUCCGCAGACCGGGAGAGAAAGCGACGCUGCAGAAGCACCGCGAGACCUUGAGCGAGAAGGACAUCGAGGACCUCAUUAACGAGACCGUGAAACUGAAGGAGAUCCAGGAGACCCCGGACACCCCUGAAGCCAUGAAGACCGUGCCUGGCCUGGAGCUGUCGGACAUCCCCAAGGAGACCCCCAAGGUCCCCACGGAGCUCGUCAGCGGGGAGCCCACAGUACUGCGUCAUGCGCUGCCCACCAGCGGUGUCAUCUACACCGACGUGGCCUUCGAUCUCUCGCGCGUUCCAGAGGAGUUGAUUCCCCUGGUGCCACUCUUCACCAGGGCGCUGAAGCAGCUGGGGACCGCAAAGGGUGAUUUUGUGAGCCUCACCCGACGAGUUGGCAUGAGCACUGGAGGCAUUUCUGCUUCCACCAUCUGCAUGAACAAGAAGGGAGACAGCGAGCCGGUCGCAUACCUCUUCAUGCGCAAAGCCAUGGCUCCACAAAUCUCCGAGCUCAGCGACUUGAUGCAGGAGAUUGCGUUGACCACCGAUUUUGACAACAAGGACCGCAUUGUACAGCUGGCGAGCCAGGCACGUUCAGGUGCCCAGUCGUCCUUGGUCUCCUCUGGACACAUGGUGGCCAACGCCAGCCUAGCGGCACAAACCACCAAAGCGGGCUGGUUGUCAGGGCAGUUCUCUGGGGUGGAACAGUACAAGUUCUUGUCCGAGCUGCUGAAGCGCAUCGAAGAUGGUGGCUGGGAGGGUGUCUUGCAACAGCUGAAGGCAUUGCAAGCGUGCAUCUUCAACAAGGCGUCUUGCACCAUCCUGAACAUCACCUCAGAUGCGGAGCAUUUGGAUCCAGCCCAGGCCUCCCUCGAAAAGUUGGCGUCCAACUUGCCGGUGGAUGAGUCCAGCGGCCCGGUGCUUUUGGAUCCCACCUUGGGGCGCCGUGCGGAUGGCAUCGUGGUGCCCACACAGGUGAACUAUGUCGGGAAGGGUGGCAACCUCUACGAAAGCGGCUACGAGUAUCAUGGCUCCGCAUUGGUUGUCUCGAAACUUUUGGGUGCCACCUACCUCUGGGACAAGGUGCGUGUGGUGGGAGGCGCCUACGGUGGCUUCUGCCGCUUCGAUCCCCGCAGCGGAGACUUCAAGUACCUCUCCUACCGCGAUCCCAACCUGGGGCAAACCUUGGAGACCUACGAUGGGGCGCCAGGUUUCCUGAAGGAUCUUGAACUGGGCGAGGAUGAGUUGACAAAGGCCGUGAUCGGUUGCAUGGGCGACGUGGACGCCUACCUGCUGCCCGAUGCCAAGGGCUACCAGGCCAUGCUGCGGCACCUCUUGGGCGAAGACGAUGAGUACAGACAGAAGGUUCGGGAUCAGAUUCUUGGCACCAAGGUGGAGGACUUCCACAAGUUCGGCGAGGCCCUGGAGCCGGUGAUCGAGAAGGGCGGCAUCUGUGUGGUGGGCUCCGCUGAAUCUUGUGACAAGGCGAAGGAGAAGUAUGGCCUGUCGCUUACCAGCCCUUUUGCAGAGGACGUGGGAGUGAAGUGGUUCCAGUAUCGCCUUGUGGCACGCCUGGUAGUUGGUGAUGAUGCCUUGCCAACCGGGCAGUUGAGUGGUAAUAGGCUUUACUACGCGCGGAAUCCGCGGAAAGCCCUGGAACUCGCGUCCGAAGCCACACAGGCGGCCGACUUCAAGGAUUGGUGGUGGAAAGCGCGGUUGGGCAAGGCCUAUUAUCAGCUAGGUCUCUUGCGCGACGCGGAGAAACAGUUUAAGAGUGCGCUCAAGGAUGAGGAGACCAUCUCUACCCACCUGGAGCUCUGUAAAGUGUACCUGCGUCUAGACCAGCCGAACUCAGCGUUGGACCAAUACGGUCGGGCCGCUGAGAAAUUUGCUGGAGAGACGCACAUUCUCAUUGGCCUAGCUCGAACCUACGACAUGCUGAACUCGUUGCUGCGGGGCGUUAGCUUCUACAAGAAAGUGCUUCAGUUUGAUGCCGUGAAUUCAGAGGCCAUUGCCUGCUUAGCAUCGCACCAUUUCUACACCGACCAGCCAGAGUUGGCUCUGCGCUUCUAUCGUCGAAUGCUGCAGAAUGGGGUGGUCAGUGCUGAGCUCUGGAACAACAUGGGUCUUUGCUGCUUCUAUGCGGGGCAGUAUGACCUCACGCUGAGCUGCUUCGAGAGAGCGCUCAUGCUGGCGGAUGAUGACAACAUGGCGGAUGUUUGGUACAAUAUUGGGCAGGUGGCUAUUGGCGUGGGAGACUUGGGCUUGGCGUAUCAGGCUUUCAAGAUCGCCAUCUCGGUGGAUCCGAACCAUGCGGAGAGCUACAACAACAUCGGCGUGCUGGAGCUGCGCAAGGGCAACGUGGAGCAGGCGCAAGCGCACUUCGGGCAGGCCAUGCGAUUGGCACCGCACCUCUUUGAACCGGCCUUCAACGGAGGGCUGCUGGCAGCUGGGUCAGUUUAG